CAAUGUGCUGGCAUUAAUCGUAAAUAUGUACAUUUGAAGGCACAUCGACACAACAGUAAUUCCGGAAAACAAUAUAAAGCCAGCCGUCUUCCUACAAUCGCCUUCAGAAUUCCCUGAUCCCCCCACACGAGUCUGCGGCAAACAAUGCAUUUCUUCUCUACAAUUGUCCUCGCCGUCAUUGCUGCUUUAGUAUCAUCAAGCUCUGCCAUGCCCACUACUAGUGAUGCAGCUGGACUCGACGUUCGCGAGGCUGAUAAAUGUCCCUACAAAUGCAAAAGGAACUUUGACUGCUGGUGGCAUUCAUGCCAACAGGGGACCAAUGCAGGCUACUGCACGGUGAGUGAUAUUCUUGCUUUCACAUCGGUAGAGUAUGGCCGUUGACACUGACGCGCGAGUUA